AUGGCAUCCUCUGCUCCCAAGAUCGCGGAAGCUGAGCGAUACGAUGCACCUGAAAUGAUCGCCCAGAAGGCAAAGGCCCUCGCUGCUCAGAUACGCGAAAGUAAACGCUUCAUCGUUUUUACUGGGGCGGGCAUUUCUACUUCUGCCGGCAUUCCUGAUUUCCGAGGCCCUGAAGGCGUCUGGACCUUGCGUGCUCAAGGGAGGCAGCCCGCCGGGAAGGCAGUGAACACAUUGCAGGCUAUUCCGACACCUACACACAUGGCACUUCUUGAGCUACAGAACCGAGGUAUUCUGACUUACCUCGUUAGCCAGAACUGUGACGGCUUGCACAGAAGAAGUGGGAUCCUACCUGGCAACAUAUCAGAGCUCCAUGGCAAUAACAACCGUGAAUACUGCAAAGACUGUGGAAAGGAGUACAUUCGAGACUUUCGAGCCGUCGCCACUUACGAAAAGACGGUGCAUGACCAUCGCACAGGACGCAAAUGCGCUCGCUGCGAUGGAGCUCUACACGACAGCAUCAUCAACUUUGGGGAAGCAUUACCGGCGCAGCCUCUCCAAGACGCUUUUGAUCGCGCCGAAGAGUCCGACCUUUGCCUUGUUCUUGGAUCUUCGCUCACGGUGACUCCCGCCAGUUUGAUUCCUCAAAUCGUCGGCCGGAAACGAGGUGCGAAGCUGGUUAUUUGCAACCUCCAGAGCACGCCAUUUGAUGGGUUGUCUGAUCUGCGGAUCUACUCCGAUACCGACAGCUUAAUGACACGGGUCAUGGAUAUCCUCGAGCUUCCAAUCCCGCAGUUCAUCCUCCACCGUCGUCUGUUCAUUCAACUUAAAUCUCCUGGUGAAAGCCGACACGAGUUGACGGUAGGCGGUGUUGACAUCGACGGCACACCAGUCACAUUCCUUCAGUCGGUCAAACUUGAGAAUAACAGAAGGAUCGUUCGUGCCGAGCCAUUUACAAUUCAGUUCCGCGGUGAUCUAGAUCCUGGCCUAGAGUUCAAGCUCGAGCUGGAAUUCAUGGGACACUACCGCGAGCCUAACUUGGAAGUCGUCCAUCAAUACAACGGCGAACGGGAUACAGAGGGUUUAUAUCUGCUUGAAUACAAUCCGUAUCUCAGGGAGUGGAAGGCUACACGAGAGAACAAUCCAAAUACUCCGGUACUUUAG